AUGUUUAGACGACAGGUGUAUAGACAUUUUUCGGUAACAGUAGAUACAGGUCCACAUACAGAUAUAAGUGUGACAAAAAAAGCGAUAGGCGACUCCAGUGACCCUGCUGAGAGCGAUAUACAUGACAAUACUACAGCGUCGCCAUUAGCAGCACGCCCAAAGCUAGUCCAUCACGUUUUCCGUUGGGGAGUUGGUAACGCUUUUCGAGCGCAAUCGAAGAAUAGGUACAGACCCACCCACGCUGAAAGGAAUACUGCAGUAUCUUUGCGUGAGGGGUACUUCGACUGUGAUCGCCAAUUUGAACGUUGCAAAGUCACGUAUGACAAACUUAAUGAACAGUGGGAAGUGCUCUGGAAAGAGUUUGGGAAGAUAAACGGAAAGCCUUUUCCUGUAAAGAAGUUUGGUAUCGAGGCAUCGAAGGCUGAAAGUAUCUCUUUUGCUGAACAGCUUGAUAAACGGCUCCAGGAACAAUACAAAGGCGAAGAGGAACCCACAAAAGAACCGGGGUUAACAUUUGAUCACACCUUGCAUUGCUGGGUUGCACUCGGCAGAGUUGGCCGGAGACCGGUAGCACGAGCAUAUUCUGCCGACUUCCACGGUUAUGAAUCUGCACGCAAGCUUCAAACGGGAGCCUAUUUGGAGUGUAAUAAUGUCGGUGCUACGAUACGCCGUCCGAGGGCGAGUGCAAUACUAUCCAGUGUACAAUCGUUUUUAGAUUUGAUGUACAAGCGCAUGAAACUUGGCGCUUGGCCUCCUGAAGGAGCAUCUCCGCUGCAUCCGAUAGAACCUUGGGGGAAGCAGUUUUUUGUAUUCAACACUACACAAGGAGGGCAGCCGGAGACACUACUUUGCGUCACCAAUCACGAAAGGAAACCUCUGAUGUACCUUCGGCGUGAGGAUUUCGAAGCAUUGGUACGUCAGCUCGAAGCUAACUGGCGAAAUUUACAGGAGCCGGAUUUGCGUUAUGAAAUGCGGAGACUUGAAGUACUGGAAGAUAAUUAUGCGAUGCAGCGCAUGAAAACAGGACGGCAUAGCUCUCACACUAUAAUGCGAGCACGUCUUCGGAACAAAAAAUAA